AUGUCACGCCACCACCACCGCUUUGAGAGGGACUACCGGGGACCCUGGGAGCGGAGGGACAACAACAUCCGUCCGUCCGGCCUCCACAACGGCGGAGCCAAUCACAGCUGUGCCUCUGCCGUCGUCAACGGCAACAACCGCCCGGGGCUCCUUCCCCUCCCAGUCAUCCCCUCCCUCCUCCCCAACCCGGUCACAGUUGCCGUGACGACGUCGAGCGGCGACGCGGCGGUCAAGCGAGGAGGCAUCCCGGCGGCAGGAUCGGUGGCUUCGGCGUCCGCCAAGGUCUCCGGUCUGUCUCCUGGAGACGGCCAGACCCCGGGACUGCUGCUGGCUCCGGGAGUGAGGUGGGGCCAGACGCCCAUCAACCAGCUCACACCCUGGGAUACAGACGAGCCCCCCGCCAAGCAGCACCGAGACAGCGAGCCCACCGGUCCGACCUGGGCCGCACCGGUAGCGGCGGUGAGCCAGCCCAGCCUGCUGCCCCACCGCUACGCCCUCCCCCAGCCGCCCUCUUUUAGCCACAGCGUGACCGCGCAGUCCCCCAUCAUCGGCGUAACCCCGUCCAUCCGGGCGCCGAUGCCGCCGCACCACCCGCUCAUGACGGCCCACUUCCAGCUGACGCCGCAGUCGACCCAGCAGCAGCAGCAGCAGCAGCAGCAGCAGCCGCCGUGCAUGGUGCUGAGCAUGCCCAGCCUGCCUCCGUACGCCUCGGCUCACCCGUCGGCGCGCGGCGCCCACGCCCACCACGUAGUCCACCCGAACCCUCACAGCGUGAUGGGCAACGGCCACUUGACCUCUCACCCCGGCCUCAUGCAGCACCCGGCCUUGCCCCUGACCAACGGACAGGCCGCGGCGGUGGCGGCGGCGGUGGCGGCCGCGUCGCACGGCCAGCCCGCAGCCGGAGACAAUCAGGACGGUCCUAACGGGCUGCAAAUGCUGCGGACGGUCGGGAUGGGGAAGUACGAGUUCAGCGACCCGGGACAUCCGAAAGAGAUGUUGAAGGAGUUGAACCAGCAGCGCAGAGCGAAAGAGUUUACAGACCUGAAAAUUAUUGUUGAAGGCAAAGAGUUUGAAGUCCACCAAAAUGUUCUAGCUUCCUGCAGCUUGUAUUUCAAGGACCUGGUGAAAAGGUCGUCGGGGGAGACGAGGAGCGGGGAGACGCUGGAGCUGAAGAUGAGCAACAUCAGCGCCGACGUGCUGGAGCUGCUGCUCGAGUUCGUCUACACGGGGUCGCUGGUCAUCGACUCCGCCAACGCCAAGACGCUGCUGGAGGCCGCCAACAAGUUCCAGUUCAACACCUUCUGCAAAGUCUGCGUCUCCUUCCUGGAGAAGCAGUUGACUGCGGCGAACUGUCUGGGGGUGCUGGCCAUGGCGGAAGCCAUGACUUGCACCGAGCUCCACAACAUGGCCAAAGCGUUUGCACUGCAGAACUUCCCCGAGGUGGCCGGACAGGAGGAGAUUCUGAGCGUGUCCAAGGAGGACCUGGUGGCCUACCUGUCCAACGACAGCCUCAACACCAAAGCGGAGGAGCUGGUCUACGAGACGGUCAUCAAGUGGAUCAAACAGGACCCCGACACCAGAGUGCAGACUCUGUCGGAUCUGCUGGCGGCGGUGCGCCUCCCCUUCAUCCACCCGUCCUACCUGCUGAACGUGGUGGACAACGAGGAGCUGAUCAAGUCGUCGGAGGCGUGCCGCGACCUGGUCAACGAGGCCAAGCGCUACCACAUGCUGCCGCACGCGCGCCAAGAGAUGCAGACGCCCCGGACCCGGCCGCGGCUCUCGGCCGGUGUAGCGGAGGUGAUAGUUCUGGUGGGAGGGCGCCAGGCCAUCGGGAUGAGCCAGCGCUCCCUGACGGCGGUCACCUGUUUCAACCCCCAGAGCAGUAAGUGGUACCCGCUGGCCAGCCUGCCCUUCUACGACCGCGAGUUCUUCAGCGUCAUCUCGGCAGGAGACAACAUCUACCUGUCAGGGGGCACGGAGACCGGCCUGAUGCUGGCCGACGUGUGGUGCUACAUGUCCCUGCUGGACAACUGGAACCUAGUGUCCCGGAUGACGGUGCCCCGCUGCAGGCACAACAGCCUGGUGUACGACGGCAAGCUCUACACCAUCGGGGGACUGGGCGUAUCGGGGAACCUGGACCACGUGGAGAGGUACGACACCAUCACCAACCAGUGGGAGACGGUGUCUCCUCUUCCCAAGCCGGUGCACUCGGCGGCGGCCACGGUGUGCGGCGGGAAGGUCUACGUGUUUGGCGGCGUGAACGAGGCCGGGCGCUCGGCCGGCGUCCUCCAGUCCUACGUGCCGCGGAGCAACACCUGGAGCUUCAUCGAGUCCCCCAUGAUAGAUAAUAAAUACGCCCCCGCGGUGAGUCUAAACGGUCUAAUAUUCAUCCUGGGAGGAGCCUACGCUCGAGCCACCACCAUCUACGACCCGGACAAAGGCAACAUCAAGGCCGGCCCCAACAUGAAUCACUCCCGGCAGUUCUGCAGCGCCGUGAUCGUGGACGGGAAGAUCUACGCCACCGGAGGCAUCGUGAGCAGCGAGGGUCCGGCCCUCGGCAACAUGGAGACCUUUGACCCCUGCGCCAACACGUGGACGCUGCUGCAGUCGCUGCCCUGCCCGCUCUUCAGGCACGGCUGCGUGGUCAUCAAGAAGUACAUUCAGAGCGGCUGA